CCCCCGGGGCCGUGCCUGCGGCGGGACGGGGCUGCCGGGCUGAGCGUGCUGCGGGCGGCCAGCCUGGUGGUGGGGCUGGAUGGUUGUAUCAAAGCCGUGGGCCAGGCAGAUGUUAUCCGCAAUCAGUUUUCAGGAGCAACGUUUGAAAGGAUAAUUGACUGCUCUGGGAAGUGCGUGUUACCAGGCCUGGUAGAUGCACACACACAUCCAGUGUGGGCUGGUGAUAGGGUUCAUGAGUUUGCAAUGAAGCUGGCAGGUGCAUCCUACAUGGAGAUCCACCAGGCUGGGGGAGGGAUCCAUUUCACGGUGGAGCACACUCGGAAGGCCACGGAGGACGAGCUGUCCAGGGCCCUGCAGCAGCGGCUGGAGCGCAUGCUCCGAGCGGGAUCCACGCUGGUGGAGUGCAAGAGUGGCUAUGGCUUGGACCUGGAAACAGAGCUCAAAAUGCUCAGGGUGAUCGAACGGGCCAGGACAUCCGUGGAUAUCGGCAUCUCCUCCACCUACUGCGGCGCUCACGCCGUGCCCAGAGGGAAAACUGCUACCGAAGCCACAGAUGACAUUAUCAAUAACCACCUUCCUAAACUGAAAGAACUCAAGCUAAGUGGUGAAAUGCAUGUUAACAAUAUAGAUGUGUUCUGUGAGAAGGGAGUCUUUGAUCUGGAGUCUACAAGGAGAAUACUUGAAGCUGGAAAAGAGAUAGGGUUACAGAUUAACUUCCAUGGUGAUGAACUCCAUCCGAUGAAAUCUGCUGAGCUUGGAGCUGAACUAGGAGCCCGGGCCAUCAGCCACCUGGAAGAAGUUAGUGAUGAAGGUAUUGUGGCAAUGGCAAGAGCUAAUUGUGCUGCUGUCCUUCUGCCAACAACAGCCUACAUGCUGAGACUGAAGCAACCUCAAGCUAGAAAAAUGUUGGAAGAAGGUGUUAUAGUUGCUCUUGGCAGUGACUUUAAUCCUAAUGCAUACUGUUUUUCAAUGCCUAUGGUGAUGCAUCUGGCCUGUGUAAACAUGAAGAUGUCAAUGAAUGAAGCACUGGCAGCUGCCACCAUUAAUGCAGCUUAUGCUCUGGGCAAAUCAGACACACACGGCUCCUUGGAGGUCGGCAAGCAGGGAGACCUUCUUAUCAUAAAUUCAUCAAGGUGGGAGCACUUGAUUUACCAGUUUGGUGGACAUGAAGCAUUGAUCAACUACGUUAUAGUUAAAGGAAAAGUCAUCUAUGAAAAUAAGAGGUGUGAGACAAUGAGCAGUUACUGAGAGAAGGCAGUAGUUUAAUAAGCUACUAAAAUCAAAUUAACACAGAGUAUUUCAAAGCAACAGACAAAUCAGAUUUGUAUUUACCAGUAAAUUGUUUGCCUGCUCACCUUACUCUUAUUCAAAUACACCUUACCAAGCAUUACCCAUUUGGUGCAUCUCAAUGUCCACUGUCCUUCUCUCCAGCACAAUAAAAUAAUUUCUAAUUGUAUCCAUCUUAAAUAAGACAGUUCCCAAAAAUGUUUUCCUAUACAAUUAACCUCUAAUAUAAUAAUAUUAUAAAAUAACCCAAACAAACUGGCAAUGAAUAAACAGAGUUUGGAUCCAGGUAAGAUGUACUGGGGAGUGUGAUUUUAAGUAACCUGUGACAGAGGGCUAGGGGCUCAGGCAAGCAUUUGGGAUAGCCCUUGGCUGUGCUGGGAGAAGAUCGCAUGCAGUGUCAUACACAUGUUCCAGAAAAGACCUGUUUUUAUUUAGUAAAAGGGAUCUAUUUUCUGAAGGUGAAGUCAUAAAAUUGCACCUGAUAAGCAUGAAGAACUUCACAUAAAAAUAACUAUUGAUAUAAGCAAUAUAAUCUGUGAUACAGAGCAGAGUGCUUUAGUGAACCAGACCCUUGAGGAAGGACAAUGGUCUCAUUCUGACUAACAGUUAUUUGAAAGCCAUGUAUGAGCAUUAUUAUGACCUUCUGAUCUCCCUGAGCCUUGGGCACAUCUGUUAACACACAAAAGCUGCAAGCCCUCCCCUGCAGUAUCUUUCUUCGGGCUUUAUAUGAUCCAGGCUAGCCAACUAAAUCAGUUUUUAAAACAAUGUAAUAGCAUUCCUGCCACCUGACGUGUUUUCCUGCAAGCAGAUGUUGUACCAGAUGUGGGUGUGGAUCUUUGUAAUCUUGAAAGAACAUCUCAAGUAAGUGAUUGCAGAGUCCAUUCUGCCCAAGACAGCCUUCAUAAAUAAUGUUAAUACAGGCAUUUCUUCAAUGCAGGGUGCAAGCAGAGUGGUGCCUCUGAGCUCUGCACAGGCACAGUGCAAAACCUGAGUGCACCAUGUGGUGCUGUGUGCUGGGGAUCCCAUGGUCCCAGAAAGCCAAAACCAGAGAUGAGCAGCAAGCAGGGCCCAGAAUCUCUUCUCUGAAUGCCCAAGGCAUUUGACACUCUGCUAGGCUGCCAGCAGGCAUGAGCCCUCUCCUCAGGGCACAUUUAACAUGGCAGGUGUCAGACACUCAAAGAAAGCCCCACACUGAUGCUUUGGCUGCCCCUUGCAGCAUAGCAAACAGCCAGGGGAGGCUUUCAGCUUGUGCUGAAUGCCCCUCAGCCAGAUCAGUACUGCCAUGUCAUCACUGCACCAUGAAGUGAAAUCCAUGUCCUCACUCUUCCCUUGCAAAAUAAAGCUGUGCUGGAGGUCAGUGUUGUGACACAGAGCACACUCAUAGACGGGAUCAUGACUGGGGCCAGGGCCCUUGGCAGACAGGAGAGACCUGGUGAGCCAUGGGAGUGUAGGUCUUGGUGCUAUUGCCUCAGCUCUGUUCACAUUCAGUAGUCCUACACCUCCUCUUCCCCCUUUUCUGGCCCCUGUGUCACCUGUCCUACUUACUUCCAAAUUAAGCUUUUGCUUUACAUUUUCAUCAUCACACACGUGACAGGAACAUAGAUUGCUACAGCCAUAUGAGAAGCCUCAGCUGAUUUGCAGGUGUGAACCCAUAGCUCUUGGAAAGCUGCAUUAAAUGUAGUCCAUCACCAAAACAUAAUAUAUUUGUUCUGGAGCAAUGAUCUCCAUAGCGCAUUGCUAUGCACAUGGCUUUCCUGAAUUGUGAAGCAGCUGCUCUAAAAAUGCUGCUGUUAUACAAGAGCCUGUACCUCACCUAUGAUCUGCAAAAGAGAGACGAAUUAAGUGUGAAGAUAAUUUUGCUUGUGCCAAAAUGAAGGGGAUUACAGCAGUUACCCAAAGGGGGGGAAGAAAGGGAAGAAUAUAAAACUUAGGCUGUUUGGUAUCAUUGGCACAGAAAUAAGAGAAAACAAACAAAAAGUUGACAAAACAAAUACUGGCUUCGGCAGGAGUCUGGAUGAUUUGUAUUCAGAAGUUCAUGAAAUUCAGUCAGAAUCACCCUAUGAUGACAAAAUUGUCUUUUACACAUGAGGAAAGCAGU